CGGGAAAGAGAAAGGAAAUGGACAUUUGCUGAGUUCCUGCAUGGCUAAAUACCACGCAGACAGCUUCAUCCGCCACGUUUAAUCCUUAUUUCUUGGUGUUCUCGGAAGUCCCAUUUCACGGAUUCCUAAGCUCACAGAGCUCUCCCUGGAGGCCCAGGCCCCUCUGCUCCCCAUGGGCAACUGCCAGGCAGUGCACAACCUGCACCUUUGUCUGGCCCACCACCCACCUCUGGUCUGUGCCACUUUGAUCCUGCUGCUCCUUGGCCUCUCCGGCCUGGGCCUUGGCAACUUCCUCCUCACCCACAGGACUGGCCUACGCAGCCCUGACAUCCCUCAGGACUGGGUCUCUUUUUUGAGAUCUUUUGGCCAGCUGACCCUGUGUCCCAGGAAUGGGACAGUCACAGGGAAGUGGCGAGGGUCUCACGUCGUGGGCUUACUGACCACCUUGAACUUCGGAGACAGUCCAGACAGGAACAAGACCCGGACAUUCCAGGCCACUGUCCUGGGUAGUCAGAUGGGAUUGAAAGGAUCUGCUGCAGGACAACUGGUCCUCAUCACAGCCAGGGUGACCACAGAAAGGACUGCAGGAACCUGCUUGUAUUUUAGUGCUGUUCCAGGAAUCCUGCCCUCCAGCCAGCCACCCAUAUCCUGUUCAGAGGAGGGGGCUGGAAAUGUCACCCUGAGCCCUAGAAUGGGUGAGGAGUGCAUUAGGGUCUGGAGCCACGAAGGCCUUGUGCUAACCAAGCUGCUCACUUCGGAGGAGCUGGCUCUGUGUGGCUCUAGGCUGCUGGUCUUGGGCUCCUUCCUGCUUCUCUUCUGUGGCCUCUGCUGUGUCACUGCUGUGUGCUUCCACCCGCGCCGGGAGUCCCACUGGUCUAGAACCCGGCUCUGAGGGCACUGGCCUAGUUCCCGACUCAUUUCUCAGGUGUGAAUCUUCUUUGGCCUUGGCUCUGAGUUGGAAAAGGUUUUAGAAAAAAUUGAAAAGCUGGAAUGUGGGGGAAAAUAAAAGCUUUUUUGCCCA